AUAACUUUCAAAGGCUUCUUCAUUCCCAAGGGCAUGCACAUUGCUCCAUUGCUGACAUCUGUGCUCCAUGAUGAAUCUCAGUGGGAGAAACCUCAUGAAUUCUACCCUGAGCAUUUUCUUGACUCUGAGGGAAAAUUUGCAAAAAACGCUGCAUUCCUGCCUUUCUCUGCAGGUCGGAGAGCAUGUGCAGGUGAGAACCUUGCCAAAAUGGAGCUCUUCCUCUUCUUUACCAGCCUCCUGCAGAGAUUUACCUUCCAGCCACCCCCAGGAACACCUAAAGAUGACCUGGACCUGACCCCUGAUCUUGGACUUACAAUCCCUCCCAUGCCAUACAAGACCUGUGCUGGGUUACGUUGAUCCAACAGAAAGAAUUACAAUAAGAUGUUUUCUCAGCCUUUGAAAUGGCUUUUUUUUUUUUGACAGAUUUGCAAACUCUGACAACAUGAUGCCAGAUUGUCCAGGUUUCAGAUGUUGUCGAAGAGCUGAAUUGUAAUGAUCUAUAGACAUAUAAAAUGUAGAUUCUGGUGGGGAAAAAUAGUAGGGAAAUCAUGAAAAGCAAAGACCUUUGU